CGGGUGCGGGACGUGUGCCCGUCGAGGCUACUGUCGACCAGACUUCGAGAUAGUGUGUGCUCCGACAUCGCGUACGACCGGUCCGGGAGAGACGAAAGAAAAACCGAACAAUAUACAAUCAGCCUAGCGACGCGAUAUCAUUAUGGUACUGAAGUUCAUACUCGUGUACUUUGUCACCGCCACUGUCUCGUCUGAUCGUUUAUUGGACUUGACCGCAUCAAAGAUCGAGAUGACACCAAACAAUGCGAUCCAAUACUUGCAAUUUGAAGACUUAUCAUUCAAUCUUACGGAUUUUACGAUCUGCACGUGGAUAAAACUGUUAAAUUUCACCCACACGCAAACAAUAAUACGCCUUACAGGAAAUAAAAAAGAACCACUAAUGUUGUGGCGGAUGCACAUGCACCCCAAAGAAACUAUGAGAGUGACGAUCAAAAACCGCCUAGUGGCAUCGGAAGGUAUGCAAUUAAUCAGAGGACAGUGGUACCACGUGUGCUUUCAGUGGAAAGGUUUUACCGGCGUCUGGGCAACGUUCGUUAACGCCAAAAUCCAUUCGGUCGGACAAAUACCUGUAGUCGGCAAUAACACGAUGUCAUCGAAUGCGUGGAAGCUGAACGGGAAUGGCACCGGACAAGUGGGAGACGACAGCGCGCCAUGCCGAAACGGUUGGCAAGCGUAUGGUCUGUACUUAACCGGACCGGUGAUGACAACAGUGGACGCGACCAAUGUGACUGUCAAGCUGUCGACGAACGCGACCACCGCGUCCAGGAGGACAAAGACUAACAGCAAACGACAAGCGGUGUUCGAAUCGGAUCCGGACGACACGUCGUCUGGCAGUUCCGGUCCGUCCAAAUCGUUCCAAUGGUUCAGCAAGACGUUCGCGUUCAUAAAACGCAUGUUCACGUUCGUCAUCAUACCGUUUUUCAAGUUCGUGCGGAACACGUUCUUCCAGACCCGUUCGUUGGACGACACGGUGGUAGACGUGAGCGAGACGCACCUGACGGUCAGCGACAUCAAAUUCGAUCCACCGUCGUCCGCGGCCACGGUCACGGUGGCCGCCAGUGAGUCAUCUGCGGACGACGGCAGUGUCAGCAAAAUCAGUCGGCGAUCGUCGUCAUCUUCGUCCGAGCGGGAAACAGACGACGACAGCCGUUGCGCCGGCGCGCGGGCCAGCGACGAUCGCGUAACGGCGGCCGACCUGGUGGCCGCAGGGUCGGGUACGACGGUGGCCGUUGAUGACGCGCUUUCGCCGAACGCCAAGCGGUACUUGCGGAUGGUCAGCGAUGGCCUGAACGACGUGGGCGUGAACGCGGCGUUCGUCAAGCGGGCUUUCGCGUGCUGCAGCCGCGGACCAUUCGAUCCACGGACUGACGUCGCGGUUAUCGACUGGGACCGGAGCCGGGCCCACGCGCACGGUGUGAUCACGUCACCUCACGUUUGCGGGCGGUAUUGACCGCCAGCUCGAGUUUUCGUUGUCCCACCACACCCGUCAUGGUUUCCCCUAUUUUCGCCUUCCCGUCGACGCGCUAUACGACCGGUAAUAUUAUUAUUUUAUACGUCUCAAAUAGAAUCGUAUGAUCCUACGUAUGGCGUCGGAAAAUCUGAAAAUCUUAAACAAACAUUCACCGAUUCACCCUCCCCCCUCAUGCACAGCAGAACCCUGAUAGGGCAGAAAAGUUUAUUGCUAAUCGAUAAGUUCUUUGUAGAUAUUUUAUUAUUAUUACUAUAGCAAAAAGCAACACUAAAGAUUUUCUCUCUAGAAGUUCCCAUUUAGCGUGACUUUUCGUAAAAGGGUUAUUCGAUAUGUUUAUCAGUCGUCGUCGUUUGCGGUAUAAGUACAAUACGAACAUGCAAUCUAUACUCGAGUUACUUUUCAUUUUGAUUGAUAUACUCUCUAUUUUUGUUGAAUUUAAAAAUAUAUACAUGUUACAUAGUAAACUAAAAUACAUUCUUUCAGAAGAAUGAGCGACUAUUUUAUAGAUGAUGACGUGUUCUUAUAUUUAAUUCCAUAACCAAACUUUCGAUCCAACGUUACGUCUUACGUCGAUCAAGAAGAGCUAGUGAACGUACAAUGUAUAUGAUUCUCGUGUAGUUAAUAGUAUGAUUUAUGUAACGGAUGUAUAAAAAAAAAUACUUUAUUAGAAAGUAUUUAUAAAUAAUAUUAUUUUUAGUUUGUUAUAGUUUUUUUAAAACAAGCACACAUUAUUUAUAUAUUUUAUACUUGAAUACUUUUUAAAAAUUUUAUAUUAUAUUGAAAGACUGUUGGAUCUAGGAUAAAUCAAUGAAUAAUGCUAAACGAAUAGGUAAUAAUAAUGAGAAAUAACUACAAUUACGAAUAUUUUUCCUACAUAAAAACAUAUAAUUAAGUAUAAUAAUCUAUUAUGGCUACUUCUCAUUAUCAAUAUUAUCUAAUUUUUAGUACCAUCUAUAGCAAAUAGUAUAAUUAUAUACAUUUUUACCUACUAAUUAAAACUUCAAAAUUAUAUUAUGACAAAAGAAAUAAAAAAAAAAAUAGGUAUAUUUAAAACUUUAAUUUUUCCCCUAUCAUGGUAUUGACACCGUUGUGUGUAAAACAAGCACGACAUGUAAUCGUAUGUGCUUGUGUGUUAAGGUUUGCAAACCCUUUCGCAUGAUUGUAAACGAGAAGAUACGCAUAUUAUAAUAGACACUUGAUUUUCGACUUUAUUUAUUAUCGUAAGUAACAUUAUUCUAUACGUUUAUCAGAAAUUAAGUUUACGAUCGAGUAAAAUCUCAGCUCAAAAUCAAAUAUAAAAUAAAUACCAAAAUCGUAUACGAUAUCAUAAACUCAUACAAUAAUUUCAUUGGUAUUCUGAAUAUUUCAACUGCAAUAUAUACACAUGAAAACCCCCAAUAAAUAAUAACACUAAAAGAGUAUUAUUGGAAUUUACGAAAUACGCCCGCCAUAAUAUGCUUGCUAAUACAAUUAAUUUUAAGUAGGUAUUAUGCGAUUUUCGUAUCCAACAAAAUUCAGUUUGAAACAGUGAAAUUAUUUUUUAGGCUGUAUUGAACCCGUAUUUGAACAUACAUGGACCGUGUUUAUUAUUUUAUUCGCGAAUUAAGAUGAUAGAAUUAAUAUAAAUUUGUUUUGUAAAAUUAUUUUUUAUUCAAGUUCACGCUAUCAUUACAAUAAUAAUAUAAUACGCGUUUGUGUGCCGUUAUCGUCUUGUGAUUAUAUUUUAUAUUUUCACCGUUAAACUAAGUCAUUGUUUGCAGAUGUUUAUAUUAUGUUAUUAUGUUAAUCGCGUUAUUUGUCGAUAUCACCAGCUCGGCCGUUUGCCGACAUUAUAUUAUAUUUGUAUGUUUUUUUUUAAAUACGAUCACUCGUAGAUUAUUUUAUCACAUAUAUAUUAUAUAUGCCGUUUGUAACAAACGAAUUGUUUAGUAUAUAAUAUAAGUAUGUACAGCAUAUUAUUAUGCAUAUUUAAUAAUAAAUUGUACAGCUCCG